GACACCGGAUCGAUCUACUGGGUAGCAGCUAAGCCUCUCUAACAAAGAUCUCAGUAUAUAAUGGCUGGCAUUGGAUCAGACAGUGGCCCCCAGAAAAGAGAUGAUAGACUAUGGUCAUCUUACGUAUCUAGUCCCAUCAAAGGCCUUAAAAGCCUCCUGCCUAGUCGUGGUCGGGGGAAGGAGACCACUCCUGAUGUCGAUGGUGGGAUAUGGACUGAGCAUGGCGUAUUUCAGACAAAGCCCGAAGCUACUGAUAGUGAAAUCGGGGAGAAAGUCCAAGUGUCAAAUGAUUUUGAUGAAGAAAGAAAAGAUCAAGCAGAGGCACACUGCCAGUACGCUGACCUUAAGAAAAAGAUGACUGAACUGAAGAAAGAACACAUUCAAGAGAUAUCACAAAUCACCAAAGACCUAGAACUCCACAAAGGUUUACUGGGAGAUGUCGAAGGAGUUAAGUUUGCUUUGGAAAAAGAACUCCGUAAUUGGCAAGCUGAAGCUCUUCAGGGAAGAGAUGACCUACAGGCCAAGACCAGUCAGGUGAAGGCAUACAAGAAACAGGUCGACCAGCUCAAAGAAAAAUCUGAAACACAAGAACAACAGAUGACUAUAUUAAGCGAUCAUUUGAAAUUACUAUCGGAAGAAUUGUCGACUGCAAAAAAAUCUCUUCAGAAGAAGUCUGACCUUCUACAGGCCCAGGCAAAGAAAGGAAAUAGCAAAACUAUAGAAUUUAAAAAGAAAUCUCCUGGUGACCUAGAACUCCAUAAAGGUUCACUGGGAGAUGUCGAUGGAGCAUUAUACCAAGAACUUAAUGAUUGGAAAAUCGAAGCUCUUCAGAGCAGAGAUGAUCUGCAGGCUAAAACUAGUCAGGUCAAGGCAUACAAGAAACAGGUUGAUCAGCUCAGGGAGAAAUCUGAACAGCAGGAAUGUCAGAUGACUAAAUUAACGGAGAAUUUGACAUUACUAUCAGAAGAAUUGUCGGCUGCAAAAAAAUAUCUUCAGAAGAAGUCUGACCUCCCACCACUCCAGGCAAAGGAAGAGAAAAGCAAAAUUACAGAAUUUAAAAAGAAAUUCCCUGGUGACCUAGAACUCCACAAAGGUUCACUGGGAGAUGUCGAUGGAGUAAAGUUAGUAGUGGACCAAGAACUUCGUGACUGGAAAGCUGAAGCUCUUCAGAGCAGAGAUGAGUUACAGGCCAAGACCAGUCAGGUCAAGGCAUACAAAAAACAGGUCGAUCAGCUCAAGGAAAUAUCCGAACUUCAAAAUCACCAGAUGGCUAAAUUAAGCGAAAAUUUGACAUUACUAUCAGAAGAAUUGUCGACUGCCAAGAAAUCUCUUCAGAAAAGUCUGACCUCCCACCAAUUCAGGCAAAGAAAGAGAAAAGCAAAAUUACGGAACCUACAAAUAAAUUUACCAGUGAACUUUGUUCAAGUUUUGAGCAGAAACUGGCCAUAGCUGAGAAACUCUGUGACGCUCUUCAAACUGAUAAUGAGUGUCUACGUGAAGCUAAAAGGAAGUCUCAGCUUCUUGAAAAGGCAUUGAAAGAGGCUAAUGAUGAUCUAAAUGACAAAGUAGUGAACCUUGAGAGAAACUUGAAAGACUUACGAGCCUACAUUAAAAGAAAGGAGUCAGA